AUGGAUGUUUUGAGAAAGGCUCUUCCGGAUGACUGCUUAAACAAAGCGGAUUUUUUAAAAAACGAGAAGAACACAAUUGGCGAAGACUAUAACGAGAUUACAUUGAAUAAUGAGGAAGUUUUCCAUCCCACAAAUUUCGCCACCAAUGGGACAAGCGACGCAUGUAGAAAACCCCCCCUCAGCACGAAUAGCAUCCAAGUGGUAAGCAACGAUGGCGAUAGCGAUGGAGAUGCAAAUUGUGCAAACAGCGUCAUGACGAACCCCCAGCAAACGACUAUGAAGGAAAGAAGCAACCGCUACGUGAACGGAGCAGAAGCAAACGAAGGGAACAGACAAAUAAAAGGCGAAGAGGAGGGAGAAGUGCAUAUCGUGUACGCCUACGUGGUGAGUGACUCCAAAAAAACAAUCCUCUCCAACAGUGAACUCAUAUCCAUACACAUAUCCACGGAUAAGGAUAAAAACUAUACAGUAAAAAUGAACAUAAAAAAAUUGCCCUCUGUGAGGAAUGGCCAUUUUUUAUGUUUGACCAAAAAUGGGGAGAUCCUUUCCAUAGGGGGAAGUGAUGGGGAAAAAAAAUACGGACUGGUUGAAAAAUUCUGUGCAGACAAACAGACAUGGAAACAAAUAAACCUCAUGCAUUUUCCAAGAUCCAAUUUUUGUGGAGUAUGUACAGAGAAUGAUGACCUUUUCAUUUUAGGAGGGGAAGGCAAGCACCACAUUUUAAACAGUGUAGAAUACUAUGACAGCAAAAUUAAGUCGUGGAGGUCCCUCCCCCCUCUCAACUGUGUCAGACACUCUGCUAGUGCAGCCAUCUUUAAUAAUAUGAUUUUUGUGCUUGGGGGAAAAGAUGGAAUUGGGGAUUAUGGAAAGGUGCACAAAAGUAUGGAAGUGCUAAAUUUGAAGGACAAAAAAAUGAAGUGGAUUAUGGGUAAGCCUUUAAAGCAGGCGCGUCUCGGCCAUGCAACUGUGAUCUUUCAGGACAAGCUAUAUGCAAUAGGCGGAUCAACUGGCGUUAAGGACCUUAGCUCUGUCGAAAUAUAUGACUUCCAGAGGGGCGAAUGGACAGGGGGACCUAGCUUAAACUUCUCCCGUUCGAACUUUGUCGUCUUUGUUUGGAACAACCAGUUGGUGGUAUACGGCGGCGUGAGCAAACACCAGCGGGACCUUAUAAAGAGGGCCGAAAUACUAAACGAAGACGGGACACGUUGGCUGCUCAUGAAUGAAGAUGGGUCAAAAUAA